AUCACAUUUUUGGGGGUCGUUGAGCUGAGUCCCGUUUGGUGGGGUGGAGGGAAGGGGACGGUUGCUUUUUAUCUACAUUUCACAGACUUCAGGGAUUCAUAACACCACCGCUCUUAAGAGUUCAUGAAUAAUUCUUUUGGAAAACAGCUUAAAAUGAAAUAUUGUGACAUAUUUCUCUUUCUUCUAUUAACGAUCAUAGAUGUCUCAACAAAUGCUCAAGAAGUUACCUGUGAGGGGGAACAACUCAUCAACGUUGACAUUUUAUUUGGACAUCCAGGUAUCGUUUCACCUUAUAAACCUGGACAUAUUUUAGUUUUUCGAUGCACUGAUGUGAACCUGAAGAUGCAUGGACAACGAACAAUUGAAUGCCUGUCAAAUGGAAAAUGGGAUCACCCAUAUCCGAUAUGUGGAGAAGUAACAUGUCCACUAAACACAACAGAGAACAACAUCAAAAUGGAGCGAUUCCCUGAUCUUGAGGGUCCAGUCAAACCUGGAUAUAGUUUAACAUUUUCAUGCAAUGGACAAGGACUGGUUUUAAAAGGACAGAGAGAAAUCACCUGCCAGUCAAAUGGAGAAUGGAGCAGCCCAUUCCCUGAAUGUUUAGGUAAUUGCAGAGAAGAAAUAACCUGUGAGCUUCAGUCAACCACAUUUGGAGUAAAAAAGAUCAACCCAGAGGGAAAGACUAUUUUAAGAGCUGGAGAAAGUGUGGAAAUCACCUGCUCUAAAAAACGCUUUUGGUUUAUUAAAGAAACCAGCAAAACAUUUACAUGCCAAGAUAAUGGGGAGUGGGAUCAUAAGCCUGUUUGUGAAGAGAUUAGAUGUGAAGUUCCACAUGACCAGCAUGUGUCUCACCUAGACCAUUUUUUCAGACGAGAUAUGAAACUGGGAGCAAAACAAUAUUAUUAUUGCGAGUCUGGGUAUGAGAAAAUGGCAGAAGAAGCCACAUGUACACGAGACGGACACCAAAUCCACUGUGCGCUGUCUCAAAGAAAUGUGGACCACCACCACACGUGAACAAUGCAGAUACAGUAGAAAUGACAAAAAAGGAAUGCAAUACAGGAGAGAGAGUUGAAUACAUGUGUUUUAAUAAAUACACAUUGGAUUCA